AUGGCCGACAGCAACCGCGUGACCACGGUCCUGGUCCGCGAGCUGUGCACCAUCCAGCGGGCGAGCUUCCAGAGCCUUGCGGCGUAUCAGAACCGCGUCCAAGACCUGCGGCGCCAGCUCUCCCUGUUGGGAUGCGACCCCGGCGACCGCUUCAUGGUGUUCCUCGCCCUCGGAGGGCUCGCCAGGUCGCCGGGAACCGUGCAGGAUCGCAUGCUCCGCGAGGUCUUCGCCGCUGGCGACCUCCCGCCCGUCGUGGCGCCAGCUCCCACCGAUUCGCCGACAAAUAGCAAGAAGAAGAAAGUCUUGGCCAUGGGCACCGUUGCUGAUGACGUCUCCGCCUGGAACAAGCUCAUGGAGCAGUUCUCCACCCGCGCCAUCAAGGAGCGUUACACGCCUGUCCCACAUUCCAGCCCCGGCGAGCAGGGUGCCAAGGCGCAAGAGAACGGCCUCGACAGCCCCGCUACUCCUUAGGAGGAGUUCUGGUACAAACAUCUCGAUGAGUUCUCCAUCCUUUCACUGCUUCCUUCGCAGUGGUUCAUGACCACGGCCCUCCAAAGUCGGGAGUCGGCACCAGGAGCAUCGGAUCGAGAGACUAGAGCAUCUAGAGAGAUAUUGCCAUCACCG